CACACCUGUUGUUGCUGAGGAUUCCCCGGGAACACAGUCAUGGGCAUCUGCGUCACUGUUGCUUGAGGGAAUCUGUGCGUCUGUGCAGCUGUUAUCUGGUGGUGGCCUCAGUGAAUGUUACAGUAGAAGUUGACCUGCCUGUUGAGGGUAGAGGAGGGAGAUGUCAUCCUACUACCCACGCACCAAGGACCUGACUCGCACCAGAAAGUCACUGACAGAUUCACCACCGUCCUCUCCGUCCCCUACAGACAAAAACUACAGACAUGAAAGACUGUCAAGAUAUGACUCCAGUGGAGAGAGUGCAACGGACAAACCACUGGGCCGCACCAGCUCGUACACAAGGAGAGAGACGAGACUGGCUGCUCUGAAUAGACAAGAACAAGACUCCACUACCAAAGACUAUAAGAAGAUGUAUGCAGAAGCUUUGCACGAGAAUGAAAGGCUCAAGUCCAGGUUGCAGGACAGCAAACAAGAACUGGUCAAGAUACGUUCCCAGCUGGAGAAAGUCACUCAGAGGCACGACAGGAUAUCAGAGAGGUCUACAGUACUUGAAUCGGAGAAAAGGGAAAAACAAGCUCUUGAGAAAAGAGUGUCAGACAUGGAGGAGGAGUUAAAGAUCUUAACAGAGCUCAAGUCAGACAACCAGAGGCUAAAGGAUGAGAACGGGGCGCUCAUUCGAGUCAUCAGCAAACUGUCCAAAUGAAAAGAUAUCUGAACGGUCCUGUUCUGUGUCCAUGGAUGCUCCAACCCUGAAAUGGCAGUUUAUUUAUCCAUGAUACCCCAAGUUGUGACUCCUCUCUGAGUAAUGGUGAUGGGCCGUUUGAGCUGCAUUGCAAAAAUAAAUUCCCAUUGGGACUGGUGAAGAUCUAAAGAGAAGUGUUCCGAAGUUUGAGGCAAAUUUUCACGGUGUAUGACGGAGUUACAGUAAUUGUUUCUACUUGAUUAGUUAUUCUUACUUUGUAAUAUAGAGUAUUUCACAUUAACCAAAUAGGGACCAGUUGUACUGUUUGACUGGCAUUUCAAGACCCAGUUCAAACAAACCCAGGGGUUUGCAUGAAGAUACUGAUAUAAUACCCACACAUCACAUUGAGACAUCACGUUUGUUGCUACAUUGUGCACUGCAUAAAAGUAUUUUAAUGUUGUCUUAUUUAUGAAAGAUGAGAGAAGCCAAUUAUGGUAUUGAUUUUUUUAAACUACUGAAAUAAUCAUGCCAUAUCUGGGUUAAACAUGGGGAAAGUGGCUGGAGUCUCAAGGCCCCAAAAGCCAGUUUGGCAUGGCUAUACAUUUGGAAAAUCAAUAUGUUAAUUUGAAUAUAUGAUCAAAGGGGUAAAAUGAAGCCUUGCAAAUUACAAACUAACAAAGGAGCUUCGGUUCCAGAGAAAAUUAUGUGAGCCUCCCAUGAAGUGACAACAACCAGCAGAGAAGCGUUGCAAGAUGCAAUAUUUGCGCAAAACUCAGGCGGCAUUGAAAUGAAGUAUAAAAUCUGUUCUAUCAUCUCUGAGAGAAGGUGUUUGAAAUACGGUAGCUGCAAACUUUUCAUUUCCUCCAUAAAAACGAUAUUAAAGGUUCUGUAAACGACCGUCACUGCCACUAGAUAAGG